UGCUGUCUCCAGAUCCUGGUCAGCAAGUCUGAGAACGCCAGGCUGGUGGUGCAGGUUGACAACGCCAAGCUGGCCGCAGAUGACUUCAGAACCAAGUAUCAGACGGAGCUGGGCCUGCGGCAGCUGGUGGAGUCGGACAUCAACGGCCUGCGCAGGAUCCUGGACGAGCUGACCCUGUGCAGGUCUGACCUGGAGACCCAGGUGGAGUCCCUGAAGGAGGAGCUCAUCUCCCUCAAGCAGAACCAUGAGCAGGAAGUCAACUCCCUGCGUAGCCAGCUUGGAGACCGCCUCAACGUGGAGGUGGACGCGGCCCCCACCGUGGACCUGAACCGCGUGCUCAAUGAGACCAGGAGUCAGUAUGAGGCCCUGGUGGAGACCAACCGCAGGGACGUGGAGGAAUGGUUCAUCAAGCAGACCGAGGAGCUGAACAGGCAGGUGGUGUCCAGCUCGGAGCAGCUGCAGUCCUACCAGGCGGAGAUCAUCGAGCUGAGACGCACGGUCAACGCCCUGGAGAUCGAGCUGCAGGCCCAGCACAACCUGAGAGACUCUCUGGAGAACACGCUGACGGAGACAGAGGCGCGCUACAGCUCCCAGCUGUCCCAGGUGCAGGGCCUGAUCACCAACGUGGAGUCCCAGCUGGCCGAGAUC